CUCUCACCCCCCAAAACUCUUGUGACCCACCCUCGUCCCGGAAGCGAGUAUGCCCAAAAGAAAGCAUAGCGACGAACCACCUCCCAACGAUACAAAACGCCUUGCGACCACUCCAACCCAAGUAGCGAGUCGCCUCGAUCUCCGUUAUUGCAUGCCUGGGAAUGUCGCCCGAUCGACGUUUGACAAGUGUUCGGCAGAUCUUGGACGAUCAGAUUUCCAGGGUGCCAUUACCGGCGCAACUUCCACCAUUGAUGAUCUACACGAUAGCCUAAUAGCUUUGCUUGAUAUUCGCGCAAUUUCAUACAGUCGCACUAUGCAGUUCGACAAGGCUUUUCAAGAUGCGAGUUUAAUGAUCCGAUACGCACCAUUAAGAGCAGCAGGCUAUUUGCGGACUGCAGAGCUGUACUUGUUACAAUGUCGCCAGUUAGCAGCUAUGCGCAUAUCUCAGCAAGGCAUCAAGUCGGUGCCGACCGACCGAUAUGAUGAGCAGAAGCAGCUUCAGGAUUGUUACAAUGCAGCGAAAACACGGCAAGAAAAGCGUAUCAAUUUCAUCACCAAGUUGCCAUAUGACCUGUUGUGCCAAGUGAUGGAUCAUCUCCCAAUAUAUAAUCUGGCUCAGGCUCUCCAAGUAUGUAGGGACUGGCGGGACCGCAUGUCUGUAUACCCGAAGCCAUGGGCCAGUAUAUAUCUCAUGGAAAGUGGCAUAGGCUGUUCUGAGAAAGGGGAUGAAAUCAACUCGGUGAUGAACGUAUUGCCUCAUGUCAGCAGAAACGUGGAAAAGAUUCAUAUCACAUGUCUGGAGAGCGAACAAUGCGAGAAGCUAUUUUCAAUGAUAAUCAAAGGCACAUUUAACAGACUUCAGCGUCUUCAAUUAGCAAUAUGCACAACGAGCAAUUACUGCCGAUUUAUGCUCGCUUUAUGGCAAACGAAAGACACAUUACAAGAACUAUGUAUCGUAACCGUCGACGAGAACAGUCCAGUAGCGCCAAUCGGUGUGAUACUUUCAACAUGUCGAAACCUUCAACGACUCGAAUGUCGACAACACCGGAUUACUGCCACCGCGGAUGGGAUUGGAGCAGUUUCAACAUCACGGCCCAGCUCUUUGCUAGAAUUAGAUCUGGCUUUCGCUCAAAUUGACACUGCUGUACUCGCACCUAUACUUCGCUGUUGCCGCAAAGUCCGAAAACUCAACAUUCACUCGUGUCAGAUUGAAGCGAUCGAUCUAAUGCGUGCAUUCUGCCCAGACGUGAAGUCAUUCACCAUCAACGUUACCGCACAUGAUACCCCAUCAACCGAAGAGGACAACCAGCAUAUCAUAUCAUCAUCAUCAGCCUCAAAAAGAACCACCGAGCCAUCGAUGGGUCUCACCCAUAUCAUGAUGCAUCUAACUCAAGAACGAACUGCAGACAAACCUAUACGUCUAUUAACUGAUAAUUCCAACACGCUCAACAAUUUGUCACUGACACUACCGAUUGACAAUAUCCCAAACCUGGUACAACAUUGGAGCCCGCUCAGGUCAUUGGUUUUCAGCAAAUUGAUUAGACUGGAUGUGACAUUCGGCGUUGUCCUCAGCGAUGUGGUUGCUACUGUCAUUCGACACGGUUGUCCCAUCUUGGAGGAGCUUUUUAUCGGUAACACGGAAUCUAUCAGCCUGGAUAUCUUCCAAGCUAUAUCUCAGUUGAGGAGGUUGAAGGAUUUGAAGCUGGCUGAGAUACCCUAUGUAAACGAGCAAGGCAUGAUUCAAAUGUUCGAAAGCUUUGCAGGGCGUCAACAAGGACAAGAACGAGCGUGUACUCUACGGGCAAUCGAGCUAUCAGGGAGCGAAUUUGAAGUGUCGGAUGCGAUUUUGCAAGCUCUUGCCGAUAUUCCCUCCUUGGAACGAAUAUAUAUGUCAGAGCUUACAACAAUGGAUCGCUACGCUUUCGACAGGUUCGCUAGAAAGCUUCGUGAACGAUCUCCACCCAUUCAUACCCUUCAUCUAAGCGAUUUAGAAUGUGUAUCUGAAGAAGCAAUCAUCGAUCUCAGUGCUGUAGAAAGCUUGCGCAGUGUUGAGCUAUUUGGUUUAAGACAUGUGACAUCCCAAAGCAUCGAGAAAUUAUAUUCCAACAAAACGAUAGCAUUAGAAACUGAUGUAACGUAAAAUAAUAAAAAGAAAUUCAUUAUGUCAGAACGUUGCGAC